CCAUUCCCAUUCCGUUCCUCCUCCGAAGCCGCUCCCAGCCCCAGCGCCAUGGCCGCCGCCGCGGCGUCCUACUUCUCCGGCGCGGCGUUCAUGCCGUCGCAGCGACCGGGGCCCGCCGCCGCCGCCGCGCACGACUACGCCGCGGCCACCCCUUCCCCCUCCAAGCCGCGCGGCAACCCCCGCUACUCCGGCUGCGUCCCGGCCACGGUGCGCCACAUCGCGCGCUCCCUCGCCGCCGCCGACGCCGGCGGCGACCCCGCCUUCUCCAUCGACGGCGUCAAGACCAGCAACGUUAGGGUUUUGGGGAAGGUGGAGACCGUGGUGAGCGGGGAGACCGACGUGUCGUUCACGCUCGACGACGGCACUGGGAAGAUCCCGCUCGUGCGGUGGAUCGCCGACGACGCAGAUGCUCGCGACGCCGCUUACGUCAAGGCUGGAGUGUACGUCAGGGUUCAUGUGGACAUCACGGGGUUUCAAGCUAAUCAGCAGGGCUUUGCUCGAUCUAUCCGUCCAAUUACCAAUUUCAAUGAAGUGGUGCUGCAUUUCAUCGAAUGCAUUCAUGUGCACAUCGAAAAUACUCGGCCGAAGAUGCAAGAGACAUUCCCUCCAGCAGUUCAAACAAACGCCUAUACUCAGGUGCCUUAUACUGGUGGAGUGACAGAACACCAAGUCCAUUUCGCUCCUCAAGUAAACCAAGGGCAACUCCCGCCUGCAGCUCGAACAAAUGCAUCUACUUAUGCUCCCUUUACUGGUGGUGUGAGAGAACAUCAAGUUCAUUUUGCCCCUCAAGUAAAUCAAGGACAGUUCCACCCCACGGUUCAAACAAAUAGAUCUACAUAUGGGCCUUUUUCUGGUGGAGUGAGAGACCAUCAAAUUCAUCAGUUUGCUCCUCAAGUAAACCAAUCUUCAGCUUACUCAGGCACUGGUGGACAGCAGCAUGACCUGCAAAGUAAGGUUUUGAAAGUUUUGCAAGCACCUGAUAUCAUAUCCCUUGAAAAUGGCAUACACAUUGAUGAAUUGGCUGGAAGAACUGGAGCACCAAGAACAAAUAUCAUGGCGGUUAUCAACUUACUCGCUGAUUCAGGCUUUGUCUGUUGGACCAUUGACGACUUUCAUGUCAAGUGUGUGUGUAACGGUUGAUCAAUGCAGUAAUCUUCGGCGAUAUUCUAGCAAAUGUGAUAUUUAGUUUGGUAACGGAUACUAAACCAUGUUCAUGGCACGCGAUGUAAGUAUGCACUAGUGCAAAUGGUCAAUGGUUGGCUCGGCCUUUCGUUUUUACAAUUGGGUAGGUGAUACCAGUACCACCUGUUUUACACUAGAAAGCUACAGGUGGGUUGAUCUGCUUAUUGCUGCAUAGUUAGGUUACUGUUUGCUGGGGUAUACAAUGCUAUCUUUUCAUGUUUGCUUCUGCUUA